AUGAGGGUCCUGGCCUGCCUCGUGCUGUUGCUUGGGACCCAGGCAGUGGAGCGGCUGCGCCUGGCUGACGGUCCCCACGGCUGCGCCGGCCGUGUGGAAGUGUGGCAUGGCGGGCACUGGGGCACCGUGUGCGAUGACGGCUGGGACCUGCGCGACGCCGCCGUGGCCUGCCGGGAGCUGGGCUGUGGGGGGGCGCUGGCCGCCCCUGGGGGUGCCUUCUUUGGAGAGGGCGCAGGGCCCGUGUGGCUCAGUGAGCUGGCAUGCCGGGGCAGCGAGGGGCAGCUGGGUCUGUGUGCCCACCGCGGCUGGAAAGCCCACAUCUGCAGCCAUGAGGAGGAUGCUGGCGUGGUCUGUGCAGGGCAACGUGUGGUCAGUCCCAGGGAGGAGUCGGCUCCACCCCUGCCCAAGGAACCUUGGCCUGGGCUGCCUGUGGAGCAGAGCCCCAGCUCCGAGGAGCCCCCCAUGAUUGCUGUCCCCCGCCUGGCUGGAAACCCUCAGAAUGGCCCCCGGAAAAAGAGCCCCCGGCCCAAACAGAUCAAGUCCACCCGGGCCCCCUCACUGACAGCUGGAGCCCCCCGGCAAGAGCGCCUACGCCUGGUAUCAGGCCCCCACGGCUGCGCCGGCCGCCUGGAGGUGUGGCAUGGCGGGCGCUGGGGCACCGUGUGCGAUGACGGCUGGGACCUGCGGGACGCCGCUGUGGCCUGCCGGGAGCUGGGCUGUGGGGGGCCGCUGGCCGCCCCUGGGGGCUCCCGAUUCGGGCCAGGUGCGGGGCCCGUGUGGAUGGACGACGUGGGCUGUGGUGGAGGAGAGCAGGCACUGCGGGACUGUCCACGCAGCCCCUGGGGCCGGAGCAACUGUGACCACAGCGAGGACGCGGGGCUGGUGUGCACGGGCCCAGCCCCCAGGCUGCGCCUGGCUGAUGGCCCCCACGGCUGCGCCGGCCGCCUGGAGGUAUGGCACAGUGGGCGCUGGGGCACCGUGUGCGAUGAUGGCUGGGACCUGCGGGACGCCACCGUGGCCUGUAGGGAGCUGGGCUGUGGGGGGGCGCUGGCCGCUCCCGGCGGCGCCUUCUUUGGAGAGGGGGCCGGCCCCAUUAUUCUGGACGACCUUCGGUGUCGAGGGAACGAGACGACGUUGCGCUUUUGCCCAGCCCGGCCCUGGGGCCAGCACGACUGUCACCAUCGCGAGGAUGCUGGGGCUGUGUGUGAUGGCAUGCCGCUUGGCCACAUGCCCCCCACGGCUCCCACGGUGGACAGCAGCAACAGUUCCGUGCCCAGCGAGGCUGCCCCCAGGCCGCUGCCCACCGCGGCAAGCCAGGCCCUGGCAACAGCAGGCAUUGCACCUCCUCCACCCUCUUCGGCCAGCCCUCAGGAUCCAGGCCCGGAUGCUGGGUCCCCGCAGCUGCGCCUGGUGGCAGGGCCCAGCAGGUGCUCCGGCCGCCUGGAGGUGUGGCACAGUGGGCGCUGGGGGACAGUGUGCGAUGAUGGCUGGGACUUGCGCGACUCGGCUGUGGUCUGCAGGGAGCUGGGCUGCGGGGGACCCCAGCAGCUGGAUCCUACGGUGGGCCGCUUCGGGUGGGGUGCCGGCCCCAUCUGGCUGGACGAUGUGAACUGCGUGGGCACGGAGGUGGCACUGACCGACUGUCCUUCUGCUCCCUGGGGGAAACACAACUGUGCUCACAACGAGGACGUCGGGGUCACCUGCUCUGGGACUCCGGGCCUGGACACCAUCUCAGACCCCUUCAGCUGGAGCUGGCUCCCGGGACUGGGCAGAGAGCGGGACGCCUGGCCCCCGGGGGGGUCGGUCACCAAGCCCCCUGCCAGUCGCACCCCUGGCGUUCCGGAGAAAACCACCACCAAGGCCCCGGGGAAGACCCCCAAGAGUACUAAGAAGUGGGUGACCAAAAGCCCCAGGAGACCGACCCCUCACCCCCCUGUGACGCCCACCACGACAGCCUCCAGGGCCCCGCAUUCCUCAGCACGGCCCUCAGCCACCCCCGCAGCCCCGCAGGCACAGACCACGCACACCACGCACGCCCCGACGCCCGCACCCCAGGCCCCGGCGGAGACCCCAGGCUGGCCGGCAGCGCCCACCGCGGCCACCAGCACCGCGGGCCCCGCAGGUGAGCGCCGCCGGGGGCCGGGCGGGCCAAGGCCACGGCCUGCACCUGACCCCGGGCCUCGCCCCACAGGCCCCUUCCGCCUGCGGCUGGCCGACGGGCCCGACAGGUGCGCGGGGCGGCUGGAGGUGUGGCACGCGGGGCGCUGGGGCACGGUGUGCGACGACGGCUGGGACCUGCGCGACGCCACGGUGGCCUGCCGGGAGCUGGGCUGCGGCAGCGUCCGGCCCCGAGUGGGCAAGACGCACUACGGCCCGGGCGGCGGGCCCAUCUGGCUGGACGACGUGCGCUGCGCGGGCGGCGAGGCGUCGCUGAGCCGCUGUCCCGCGGGGCCGUGGGGCAGGCACAACUGCGACCACGAGGAGGACGUGGGGCUCACGUGCGCCGGCCACCCCGAGGACCACGACUACCCGCCCUGGACCUGGGAGCCGGAGGAGGACCGCGCCCGGGGGACCAGCGCCUCCGCCGCGCCCGCCGCCACCACCAGGCGCCCUCCUGACGCAGGCUCCCCAAGGAAACCGGGCUUCAAGCAGCGGCUGCUGCGCCCCACCCCGUCCCCGGCUCCCUCCACCUCACCGGGCACCCUGCUGACCUCUGCCACCCCUGACCCUGAACCCACGGCAGAGGCGACCUCUGACCCCAGCACGACAUCACCACCUACCACCGAGCCGGCCUCCUCGAUGAGCCCCGACUUGGCUUCAGCCGCCCCUGACCUUCCUUGGCCGACCUCCACCUCCAGUGCCACUCUGGGAGGCACGGCGGCACCCUCCCCCCCCGACACCCCACUGCCCAGCCUGCCCGCGGAGCUGACCUCUGACUGCUCUGCCCAGGCGGAUGUGACCAGUCUUGCCCCUACCUCGGAGCUGAUCCCAAAGUUAGACACCACUCCAGACACUAGCACCGCUUCAUACCCCAGGACUGACCCAGGACCUCCUGGACCCACCGACACCCCCAUCCCCCCACCUCCCACUGCGCCCCCUCGGACCCCCACCACCCUCCAUCCCACUCUCCCUGCUGUCCCCACCACAACCCCUGCCCCCACCACCCUGCAGACGGCCACCAGUGCGCACGCCACCACCCCUCCUCUCGGCACGUCCAGUCCCACUGGCCUCACUGCCCCCACAACUCCGGCUCCUACCUCCACACUCGGCACCACUAAGCCCCUGCCCACCUCCUUGGGGACAGAACUUCCCUCCCCCACCCCAGCGUCAGCCCGGCCGCCCAGCCUGGCCUCCACCCCUUCCCUGGGUGCUCCCACCUCACACACGCAGCCCCCUGCGGCCUCCGAACCCAGACCCUCGGCAGCCCCAAGCGUGGACCCGGAAUCCCUUGAGGACUCCAAAACCCAGAGAAGCCAGGGCCCUGAACUGACCCCUCCCACCACCCAGACCCCACACUCGACCUCUGACCCCAGCGUGACCCCACCCCGCCCCCUCCCCACAGCGGCCCACCCGUUAGAUCUACCUCCUCCUGAUCCGCACACCCUUGGGCCGACACCUGGCCCAAGCCCGGGUCCCCUGGGCCCAUGUGUGGCCCCAACGCCGGCCGUGCGGGUCAUGGCUUGCGAGCCCCCCGCCCUGGUAGAGUUGGUGGCCGCCGUGAGGGACGUGGGCGGCCAGCUGCAGAGGCUGACCCAGGUCCUGGAGCAGGAGCGGCAGGAGCGCCGGGCCCAGUGGCUGGGACUCAGCCAGCUGGUGGAGGCUGCUCAAGGGCUGGGACAACUGAGUGAGGUCCUGAAGAGGCUGGUGGAGGUGGCCUGGCCUCCCAGCACGCCUGUGCCUGUGCCAACCACCACGGAGCGGCCUCUGCGGGGAGACGUGUAA